AUUCCACCUGAAAGGCGUUGUCAUGUUUCUUGAGGAGUUUCGGUUGUUUGGCGGUCGCGUUCAUGAGAUAACAAAACCCGCAGUCGGUGUUUUUUUAAAAGAGGCCGAGUUCAUCCUUUGCGUCGUCGCUCAUCAUUUCCAUGUUCCAAGGCGGGCUCCAGACGACAUUGACGUUGACUUCGUCAAUCCCGUCUAUUUGCUGCGUGACCUGCUGUGCACCGUU